UGAGGAAUCGGCAACGCAGCGCGCCCACCCAGCCCACGCGCCGCGUGGUCUCUCACUCUCUCGCCUCCCAUCCUGCGGUCCAGCUCGCAGAUUUCAUUCCCCCCGCCCACCGUUGCCCGUCUAUAUAUGCCCGGGCGGGGGCACUUCCGGAAUCCAGAUCACCCACCCACCGCCUUCUCUUUCCCUGUUCUUGGCUUCCGGCCGCUGAUUCAUUUGCGGAGAUUCUUGUCGCGGUUUGUUCGUUGUUGCCUGCGUGCAUGGGGCUGGACGUGGGGGAGAUCGGGAUCGGCCUGGAUCUGGGGCUGGACCUGAGGCUCUUCGCCGCGCGGAGCGCCAGCCGGAUGGCGGCGGCGAAGGUGGGGCCGGCGGCGGUGGACGCCUGCAUCAGGAGCCUCGAGGAGGAGCGCCGCAAGAUCGAGGUUUUCAGGCGGGAGCUCCCGCUCUGCGUCCGCCUCCUCGCCGACGUGAUCGAGGAGUUGAAGGAGGAGGCCGUGAAGAGAAGCGGAGGCGGAUACCGCUCGGAGGCGAAGGCGGACGACGGCGACAAGAGCAAAUGGAUGAGCACGGCGCAGCUCUGGGUGGACAGCGACGCCAAAUCGGAGGAGUCCGAGAAGGAGCAGCAGAGUGAGAUCACCUCGCCGGAGCCCAAGUUGCCCGGUGGCGCUCCCAUGCCGUUAAAGGCUGUUGCGGCUGUGCCGCCCCCACUGCCACCGUACUGCAGGAGGGAGGACAAGGCUGCUGGGAAUGUCGGGCUGCCUGGUCUUUCGUUGCUGUCUCCGGCUGUCAAGCGGCCGCUUUCACCGGUCGCUGCCGAUGAUGAGCACCGGCAGGACGUCACUGCAAGAUUUACCGGCACCACGCCACCAUCAGGCCCAGCGCUCAGCUUGCACGCUCAGACUCAACAGCAGCAGCAGAAGGCGGCGAGGAAGGCGAGGCGGUGCUGGUCGACGGAGCUUCACAAGCAGUUUGUUGCUGCCUUGCAUCAACUCGGCGGCCCCCAAGUUGCUACCCCGAAGCAAAUCAGGGAGGUGAUGCGGGUGGAUGGGCUCACAAACGACGAAGUGAAAAGCCAUCUCCAGAAGUACCGACUGCACAACCGAAGAUCACCCGGUCCGGCACCGGUGAGCCAGCCGAUUGUGCUGCUAGGUGGUCUCUGGGUUCCUCAGGAGCAAAGCAGUUCACAAUCCGGGUCUCCUCAGGGCCCUCUUCAGUUCUCCGGCUCUGGGUCAGGGGUAGCCAUCUCGGCAGCCAACGGCAGCGGCGACAGCAGCAGCAACGACGAAGAUGACAAGUCUGAAGGCUACAGCCGGAAAUUAUUGUAAGGUUGCAUUUGAGAAAGAUCGGUUGAGAGUGCAGAGAGAUAGCAUCGCGGCUUUGCGCAUUGGUGGCAAUAACAGACUCAUCAGUUAGAGAGGUCGUAGUGCAGCCAGGCCAUGCAUAUAGGGAGAUUGGGCGCUGAGCGCCCAAGAGAUGAACUGAUCAUGAGUUGGGUUGUAGACUUGUAGUAUGUACAUGAAAAGCUGGUACCAGUUUUCACACGGCUCGUUGACUUUAAUUUCCGGGCAGAUCUCAAGUUUUCGCCCUGAGAAUUAUAUACAUGUGCAAUUCGCAUACUGUUGGCUGUU